AUGCGUCUUCCUCGGCGCGUUCCUUGGGAGAGCAUAGCCGAGCUAGAACAAGUUUGCUCCUGGAUAUUCGCAGAUGAAGCAGACCUGAACGCGAAGCAGCGCGCGAUAGACAGACUGGCAGCAUGGAAGGCGGCUGUGCAUCUCCCUCAUGCACUGGAUUCCACACAUGCGAUAUUGUCGGUGAUUCUACAGGAUGGCACUGCAGCGACGUCCUCGUCGUAUUUGUCUCUGCGGAUGAGCUAUGCCUCUGCGAUUAUACGGCUCGUCAACGGUUUAGUGGACCCCCUCCAGCUAGGGGCGUACGCCAGAUCAAUUCACAGCAUCGCACAGCAGCUUGGGCUCCCCGCAUGGUUCGUCGAGCUCCGCCACGCUGCGACUCACGAAGAUCUUCCCAGCCUCGAAGUACUUCGGGAUGCCGCGAAACAGGCAAUGGCGUGGCUGCUUGAUAACUACUUCCUUCCGACCCUCAACCCAGUGACACCGUCCAGCGGAGCUGCCCCUCCACUGCGUCCGCUCUCUUCGCCCCUCAAACAAUACAAGGCGAUCAUGAAGGCGACCACACGAGAUGCGACUCUCCACGUCGAAUACCGUGCAGAGAUUACAAAAGUCAUGCGAGACAUCGAGCGCUGGAUAGCCGAGGCAAAAGUUGCCUCCGCGUCCGCCGCCGGAGGUGUUCGCUGGGAAGACGGGCAAGAGGACGGAGACGAAGAGGACGUUCGCGAAAAAUGGGCGCUCGAUAGAUUGGCGGAGGUUCUAGUCGACAGGGGCAUGCUUGUUCCACUCUCCAAGAAAAAGAGGAUAUCCCCAGACCAAGGUUCACUGGCCCUGCCGCGCUCCUCCAUCGCAAUAUGGUCUCCGCUCCUCACCCACCUGCAAUCUCUCCAUCCGACAUUACCUCUGCACCUCGUGAACGCGAUCACCUCUCACUUGUCCCGCGCCCAUACACCGCCGUGUGAUGCGGACUUUGGCGCAGAGACUGUCUCCUUGGCGGUAGCCGCACAAGACCCCAAGGAUGAUCCCACGUACGAUCUGUGCCUUGCAAGCUGGGCGAAGUGGCUGGCGGACAACUGCCCCACAUACGUCGCCGAUCCAGAGGACGCUGCGGAACUCAGGGAGAGCAUAAUUGUGCGGAUCGUCUCGACUCUAAGCCCAGCACGCGUCGACGGCAGCACGUCCAAGGCUGCGAACGCGUUGCUCCGAUCCGUCAGUGCAGAGCGGCCAAGGCUCGCGGCAGCUCUAUCAGUCCUCACCCAGAUGCCUGCGCAAGCGUCCCAGGACUGGGAUGACAACAUCGUGAACGUCAUGGACACUCGCCUGAAUACACUCCUCGCCCUCUCGAACGGCUCGACUGAAGACGAGACAGGCUCCCCAGGAGCCUCGAUCGCAUUCGCCGAAUCCACCCAGCUUCCACCGGGCUGGCGGAGACUGACCGAACGCGACGGCUGGCGGCCAGCUCCCAUCGGUAUAUACGUCGCCUGCGCGUGA